UCGUUGCAUGGCCGACCUGGAGACUCGCUCUCCGCAAGGUGAGACGCGCGGACCAAAGAGGAGGUCUCGAAGGAUCGACAGGAAUUCUCGUGAAAGCUGACUCUUCCUCUUUCGCAUGCUUACGAUCGCGCGCGCCCGUGUUCUCCUUCGGCCACCUCUGUCAUUCUUCACUAUCUCGCGUUGACUCCGACUUGAUUCUCUUCGUGUACCAAGGAGUGAGUGAUCCGUAUCUUUUUAUCCGUGAGGGAUCUCCGGACUUUCCACUAAGUGCUCUCGAUACAGAUCCGCCACUGAAGUGAAACCGAAUCAUCAUUUAUCAGUGAAAACAUCGCAUCUUAUAUCGAACCAAGUUAAACGCGUGUGCUCAUCCUUGGAUUCGCUUGGAGCUUUGAGUGAGACACCUUAAACAAGAAUAAAUCAAACUCUCAAACAAACUCGUCAUUGGACAUCUUCGUGGAAGCGACGUCAAGGCGGACGUAAAGUGCGGAGUCGACACGUUCGACCGUGAUAACGUGUGCUAACGUUAGAGUGUAGCGUCUCUUAUCAAGCGCACGAAACCGAUCUCUCGUACGGCCACAAUUUUAUGUGCGCGUAUCCGUCAAGAGAAGUCUACUUGCAUCAUAUCAAGACGCUUGACAACUAUACGUUCGGCGAACGAUGUCAGUUGCUUCGUGCCAUGUGACCGAUCGAAAUCGCCGUCAUUAGGAUUUACGAAUCGAUGCAUCUUUUUGGAGCUAUUUCGCGAAAUCGCGCGAAAUCGCUCUGCGCGGAAGGUGAACAGUGUGUGUUUCCUCGGUGGCGUUAAAUUAUAAAUUCGAAUGCCUGGUGCGCGUAAGUGUGUACACAUCGCUAGCUCGGAAGACUCGUCGCGAAAGUAAACGUUGGAAUUUCCUUUCGGAGUCUCUGCCAAGAACAGUCCACGUUCGUUUCGUCUUGGAUUUAUCUCACGGGCCGCAUGAAUGUUAAACUAAGACACUCAUGACAACUUUAAUGCCAGACAUGUGACAUGCACGGUGAAGAAGGGAGAGCGAUGGCAGCGGCGGAAACAGUUCUCCGAAGUUCCUCCGAUCUUCUCCUUGUUCGUGAAAAUCGACGAGCUCACGAAGCAGAAGAGGGAAUCUUCACUCGGGUCACCUUGACAAGGCCUACGGGUUCGUGAAGGGCAUGAAAGCUCAUCAUGUUCAACCACCGACACAGGCCACGAGCGCUGUUGACCUGCAACUUCUUCGGCGUGACAUUCCUCUUGCUGAUCGUCGCCGGUAGUUACGAUGCGUUAAUUCAACCGAGUUCUACAGAUGUCAAUUCAACCGAAUUCGUCAAAGGGAAAAUUUGCAUCGGUACAAAUGGCCGCCUUUCCGUGCCGUCCAACAAACAACAUCAUUACCGGAAUCUUCGAGACCGGUACACCAACUGUACUUACGUCGAUGGCAACCUGGAGAUCACAUGGCUCCAGAACAAAACCUUCGACCUCAGCUUCCUCCAGUACAUACGGGAGGUCACCGGUUACGUCCUCAUCAGUCACGUGGACGUGCGCAGGAUCGUCCUCCCGAGCCUACAGAUCAUCCGUGGCAGGACCCUUUUCAAGCUCAAUAUUCACGACCACGAGUUCGCCCUCUUCGUUACAAUGUGUCAAAUGCACAACCUGGAGAUGCCGUCCCUUAGAGAUAUACUCAACGGGAGCGUGGGCAUGUACAACAACUACAAUCUCUGCCACAUCAAAACUAUCAAUUGGGAGGAAAUAAUCACAGGCCAAGGAGGACGAUAUUUUUACGUGUACAAUUUUACAUCGCCGGAACGCUCCUGUCCAGCAUGCGACGAGAGCUGCGAACAGGGCUGCUGGGGCGAAGGUUCGGAGAACUGUCAAAAGUUCUCGAAGACGAACUGUUCGCCUCAGUGCUGGCAGGGCAGGUGCUUCGGUCCUAAUCCGCGCGAAUGUUGCCAUCUUUUUUGCGCGGGUGGUUGUACCGGUCCCAAACAGAGCGAUUGUCUUGCCUGUAAGAAUUUUUUCGACGACGGCGUAUGCACACAAGAAUGUCCGCCUAUGCAAAAAUACAAUCCAACAACAUAUUCAUGGGAAGCCAAUCCUGACGGGAAAUACGCGUAUGGAGCGACCUGCGUGAGACGAUGUCCGGAACAUCUCUUAAAGGACAAUGGUGCAUGCGUGAGAUCCUGUCCGCCGAAGAAGAAAGCGGUGAAUGGCGAGUGCGUUCCUUGCGACGGUCCUUGCCCGAAAACCUGCAAGGGCGUCGAGAAGGUGCAUUCCGGUAACAUCGACACCUUCAAGGAUUGCACCAUUAUCGAAGGAUCCAUCACGAUUUUGGACCAGAGCUUCGAGGGUUUUCAACACGUUUAUCCAAAUUAUACAUUCGGCAAACGAUACGAAAAGAUGCAUCCCGAUAAAUUAGAAGUCUUCAAAACGUUGAAGGAAAUUACGGGCUAUCUUAAUAUUCAAGGAGAUCACAAAGAUUUCACGAACCUUUCGUACUUUCGAAACCUCGAGGUGAUCGGCGGCAGAACGCUCACGGAAUAUUUCGCGUCGUUAUACAUCGUCAAGACCUCUCUGGUAUCCUUCGGUCUUAGUUCUUUGAAGAAGAUUUAUUCUGGCUCGAUUGCCAUUUUGGAGAACAAAAACUUGUGUUACGCACAAAGCAUUAAUUGGAACAGAAUCAAGAAAUCAUCGGAACAUGAAAGCCUUUUGUCAAAUAAUCGAAAUGAGAGCGAAUGCAUUAAGGAUGGCCUCAUAUGCGACGAGCAAUGUUCGAACGAAGGAUGUUGGGGACCGGGACCAGCACAAUGUUUGUCGUGCAAGAACUUCAUUCUAGGAAAUGACUGUCUCCGAGAUUGCACUGCGCCAGGAAUUUAUCAAGCGGACGAGAAAACAUGUAAGAUGUGUCACGAAGAAUGCGACAGCUCCUGCACCGGUCCUUAUGCCGACCAAUGUAUCAAGUGCAAACACGUGCAAGACGGACCGUUCUGUGUGCCCGAGUGCCCAUCCUCCAAGUACAAUGACAACGGCCAAUGUAAACACUGCCACGAGAACUGCGUAGGCGGUUGCGAGGGACCGGAGAACAACAUAGGCGCCAACGGAUGUCAUAGUUGCGAAAAGGCAAUUAUGAACGGCCAAGUAACAGAGGGAUGUUUGCAGAAGAAAGAGCCCUGUCCCGAUGGACAUUAUUACGAGUGGAUGAAUCCGAUGGAGCAAGGUCCUUUAAAACCUCUCGCCGGAAAAGCUGUCUGUCGCAAAUGCCACCCACGUUGCAAGAAGUGCACAGGAUACGGCUUCCAUGAGCAAGUGUGUCAACAAUGCACCAAGUAUAAGAGAGGAGAACAAUGCGAGGAUGAAUGUCCUGCUGAUCACUUUGCGGAUGCUGACACGCAGCUAUGUAUACCGUGCUUCGGAGAGUGCCGAGGGUGCUUUGGACCGGACCCUAAUCAAUGCUACAAAUGUCGGAAUUAUAAAAUUUAUUUUGAUAGGACAGGCGAUCCUGACGACAAUUCAACAUCCUUUAACUGCACGGAAACUUGUCCACCGGAAUAUCCUCACAAGAUCUUUCCUCCUGACAGUGAGCCGUAUUGUUCCGUAGAAACAAUAGGUCUCGGUUAUCAGAUGGAAAACGAUUUUCAUCCGGCAGUUUUGGGUGGCGUCGCGGUCGUAUUAGUGGUAUUUAUUAUUAUCAUUGUUGUGUUAUUGUACUUUUGGCGAGUAAGAACAAAAGCUAAGGAGAAUACAGUGAAGAUGACGAUGGCUUUGACCGGUUUGGACGAUAACGAACCGCUUCGACCGACGGGUGUAAAACCAAAUCUUGCGAAACUACGAAUCAUCAAGGAAGAAGAGAUGAGAAAGGGCGGUAUAUUGGGUUACGGUGCUUUCGGUAACGUGUACAAAGGCGUUUGGGUGCCCGAGGGAGAGAACGUAAAGAUCCCAGUCGCUAUAAAGGUCCUCCACGACGGUACCGGUGCAAACACGUCCAAAGAAUUUCUCGACGAAGCUUAUAUUAUGGCUAGCGUCGAGCAUCCGAAUCUGCUGCAAUUACUCGCGGUAUGCAUGACGUCGCAGAUGAUGUUGGUGACCCAACUAAUGCCUCUAGGCUGUCUACUGGACUUCGUACGUUUGUAUAAGGAUAAAAUUGGUUCGAAGCCGCUGCUAAAUUGGUGCACACAGAUCGCGAGAGGUAUGGCCUACCUAGAAGACAGAAGAUUGGUUCAUCGUGAUUUGGCAGCGCGAAAUGUCCUUGUCCAAACUCCGAAUUGCGUGAAGAUCACUGAUUUUGGUCUCGCUAAAUUAUUGGACAUUAACGAGGAGCAGUAUAAAGCCGCGGGUGGGAAGAUGCCGAUUAAGUGGUUGGCAUUAGAAUGCAUUCAGCAUCGAGUGUUUAAUCAUAAAUCGGAUGUGUGGGCCUUUGGAGUGACUAUUUGGGAGAUUCUCACCUACGGUGGUAGACCGUACGAGAAUGUCUCUGCUCGAAAUGUGCCGGAAUUACUGGAAAAGGGCGAAAGAUUACCGCAACCCGCGAUUUGUACGAUUGAUGUAUAUAUGAUCAUGAUUAAGUGUUGGAUGCUUGACGCCGAAUCCAGACCUAGCUUCAAAGAACUGGCAGAGGAUUUCGCGAAAAUGUCCAGAGAUCCUGGACGAUAUCUUGCCAUUAAAGGGGAUAAGUACAUGAGACUGCCGUCGUAUACAUUACAGGACGAAAAAGAGAUGAUACGAAAUCUCGCAUCAGCGAUAGAUGGUCCUGAAGCUCUUGUGGAUGCUGACGAGUAUUUGCAACCUAAGUCGCGGGCUCCACUUCCGCCCGCAAUUUCCGCAUCAAGUACUUCCGGUUCACCGCCGAAUACGCCGGUGAAGUCGUGCUGGCCGAACGGGAAGCCGCUCGCCGCUGAUUCUCCAACGCCUCAGAAUCAACAAAAUUGGGACAGAGAGCUUUUGAGAUACGGCGGAAAUCACGGGAGCGGAAAUGCGUCGCACGAGGCUGGCAAUUCCGGUCAGCAUACGCAUUACGCGCAUCCCAAUGGUCAUUGCGGACACGUCGCAGGGUCAAAUAGCUCGAGUUCGAGAUACUGUUCAGAUCCAUUGAAGAUGGUUGGUGUUAGAGAUUGCGAUGUGACGGAUGAUUGUUUCGACACGAAAGUGAACAUCGUGCAUCAGCAAGCUCAAGUAGGGAACCUGAAGUUGGAUUUGCCAUUGGAUGAGGAUGACUAUCUCAUGCCGUCGCCACAACUGCCAGUCAAUACGACACAAUAUAUGGAUCUCAUUGGGGAAUCUAAGCCAACAGAACCCGAAUCAAAGCGAUUAAACAAUGGCUUCCGGAAAUAUCCAGACUUCCUAACAAUUCAAGGGAAGACAUCACUGGACAAUCCGGAAUAUAUAAUGUCGCAAGACGAUGGUCCACUCACGCCACAGACUUUGGGUAUCCCUACGCCAGACUUGGACAAGGUUCUGCAAAAUGGCGCCUUCGGGUCUCAGAUUAGGCAACGAAGUUCCGAAGAAGAAUCGGAUCACGAAUAUUACAACGACUUUGAUCGGUUAGAACGAGAAUUACAGCCAUUGAAGCCUUUUAGGAAGAACGAAACGACCGUGUGA